AUGCAAGGAUAUUCUGUACUAUGGAUUCCUGGCUUGGAUCAUGCUGGUAUUGCCACACACACUGUCGUCGAACGAGAACUAAUGAAACGUAUGCCUGCUGAUUCCACAAAUCCUCGUCUUAUAAUGGGUCGCGACGCAUUUGUCCAGGAAGUGUGGGCGUGGAAGGAGCGCCACGCACUCCGCAUUCGUGAACAGUUGGCUUGUCUGGGUUUGAGUUUGGAUUGGGAUCGCGAGUUUUUCACCCUCAGUCCGCACCAUACCCGGGCAGUCACCGAGGCAUUUGUGCGACUGUACGAAGAGGGUCUGAUCUACCGCGCCUCUGCUCCGGUCUCGUGGUGUUGCGCCCUUCGGUCUACCAUUUCCGAUAUUGAGGUGGAAAAAUUGGAGCUGCGCAAGUCAACAACGCUCCCUGUCCCCGGUUACAAACGGCCUCAGCAAUUUGGCAUAGUGGACUAUUUUGCCUAUCCGCUAGCCACUUCACCUACUUCCUCGAACAGAACCAACGAAGAGAUUGUGGUCUCAACCACUCGCCUCGAGACUAUGCUGGCGGAUACUGCUCUGAUAGUUCAUCCGGACGACACGCGCUACCAUCAUCUCAUUGGCCGUGAGGUCAUUCACCCAUUCUGCCCCAAUCGUCGCCGCAUCCCCAUCUUGGCAGAUGCCGAAUUCGCUGUCCCUGACAAAGGCUCAGGCGUGGUAAAAUUGAGUCCGGGGCACAGUACAGCCGAUUGGGAAUACGCGAAAUCUCACGAUCUACCGGUGAUCCAUAUGCUGGACGACAGCGGGUGCGUGACGGACGUCGGCGGGGAGUUCUCAAACUUACCAAGAUUUUCAGCCCGCGAACGUUUGGUAGAACGUUUGAACGAGUUGGGUUUGUAUCGCGGCCGUGAAGAUAUCGCUUCGCAGUGGGGUGUCAGUGUUUUGCCCAGAUGUUCCCGAACAGGCGACAUAAUCGAACCGGUGAUACGCGAACAAUGGUUCAUCCGUACCCAAGAGAUGGCCGACAGGGCAAAAGAAGCCGCACUCAACGGACAGUUACUCAUUUACCCGGAAUCUCAGAGAGCCUCUUGGUUUGACUGGUUAUCACCAUCGAAGCAGCGCGAUUGGUGCAUCAGUCGUCAGGUCUGGUGGGGUCACCGCAUUCCGGCUUAUCGCUUACCACGAGGAUCAGCUACGCUUGAUACGACCAAUCAUUGGCUUGUGGCUCGGUCUGAACAGUCUGCGAAAGAGCAGCUGGGUGUGGUUUCAGAUUCCGUGCCGCUUGAGCAAGAUCCGGACGUUCUGGACACUUGGUUCAGCUCUUCUCUUCUGCCAUUCUCCGUCCUUGGGUGGCCUGAUCAGACUUCGGAUUUACGUCUCUUCUACCCCAUGCAACUGUUGGAAACCGGUCAGGACAUUCUUUUCUUCUGGGUGGCACGCAUGGUGAUGAUCGGCUGGCAGCUGACCAAACAACUCCCUUUCAAAACGGUUAUCCUGCACGGUUUGAUUUGUGAUCCGUCUGGUCAAAAAAUGUCAAAGAGCAAAGGAAAUGUGGUUGAUCCGCUCGACUUGGUUCACGGACUCGGCUCGAUGUCCAGUGCUAGUGUCGGUCCAUCAAUCAAAACAAUUGGCGCAGAUGCUCUGCGGGCGUCACUGCUCGGCUGCUCGUUGUUUCAACCGCAAGUGCCUUAUCAUCAGAUGUCCGCCCUGGAGAUGCGCCGAUUUGGUAACAAGGUCUGGCAAACGGCACGGUUUACUCAGAUGCGAACGGAUACCUCAAAGUCAAUCGUAUCCUUUAAGUCAUUGGAGGACUUUUGGGCAGCUAUCGGCAAUUAUGCUGUUCACCUUCGACUACCGGACGUUUGGCUUAUUCAUCGUCUGGCUGACUUGGUGCUCUUGAUACAAAACACUUGGACAUCCACUCAGUGUUCGACUGAACGUCGCUCGAUCCGCGAUCACAUCGAGCCUUUCGGGUUCCACCAUGGUGUUAACCGGUUGCGUCAUUGGUGGAUCGAGGAAUUGUGCUCCAUCUACAUGGAGAUUUUGAAGCUACGUGAACGGGCUUCUGACUCUCGGUAUGCAUCGUCUUUCGAACUAUUCCGAGCAUCAAUGCUUACCGGGCUGUGUCUUCUUCAUCCCAUAAUGCCUCACUUAACCGAAGUCAUCUGGCAGGGGUUGCACGCCGCACAGGAAGGUUCAGCACUAGACACCAUCUCACUUCAAGCUUUCCCUCGUUCCGAAUGGUUCACUUUUCUCGAUGCUGUCGACAAUUUGUCUUUCAAGUCCCAGCAUAUGUCCAACUUGCUAGAGGCUGCCUCCACUGCGAAUUCGUGGCGACUGUUGUUGCGCCGUCGGCCUACUGAACAAACGAGUGGACAGGCAUUGUUUCUGUUGCAACUGCACAAUCAUAAUGCCACAGACGAAUCAGAAGUGUUGGCUGCAUUGACACGACUAUCCGUUUUCAAACAUCUGGAUGAGGUUCCCUCAUCAAUCACACAUUUAUCUAUCGGACUUGAUUCCUCCUGGUGUCUGGCUGUUGACCUCGAGCGAUUCGAUCUGGAUUGGACUCUGAAUGAACUGCAGAGGCGAAUAGAAUCGCAAACAAAACGUCGUCACGAGAUACUCAACCAGUCGGACCAAUCGGAUCUUUCCCAGAAGGCGAAGCUGGAUUCUAUCGACGCUCGUUUGGCAGCUCUCCAACGACAGAUGAAUAUCCUUCAAGUUCGCCAGCAUAGUUAAUGAAUGCAAACUAAACUCCUCGAUUGUGGUCAUUUAUAUCUGAUGUAUGCAUUCAUCAUUCGGCACUUGUACAGCACACUCUAUUGAAAAAUGAAGGAAGGUUUCUUGUGUCACAA